CCUAAUCCCUCAUUUUUCUCAACUUUUGCUGUGUUUCUCUGCGUUUCCCACAGGAAGAUUGUAGGGAAAAUCGAUGAGGAUGGAGAYGGGUUCGUGACAGUGGAGGAGCUGAAGGCCUGGAUCAAGUUUGCCCAAAAGCGCUGGAUUUACGAGGAUGUGGAGCGCCAGUGGAAGGGCCACGACCUCAAUGAGGACGGGCUGGUUUCCUGGGAGGAGUACAAAAAUGCCACCUAYGGAUAUAUCCUGGACGAUCCAGACCCUGACGAUGGUUUCAACUACAAACAGAUGAUGGUGCGGGACGAGCGGCGCUUCAAGAUGGCCGACAAGGACGGGGACCUGGCGGCCACCAAGGAGGAGUUCACGGCCUUCCUGCACCCCGAGGAGUACGACUACAUGAAGGACAUCGUUGUGCAGGAAACCAUGGAGGACAUCGACAAGAACGGCGAUGGCUUCAUCGACCUGGAGGAGUACAUCGGUGACAUGUACAGCCAGGACGGUGACGCCGACGAGCCCGAGUGGGUGAAGACGGAGCGGGAGCAGUUUGUGGAAUUCCGGGACAAGAACCGGGACGGGAAGAUGGACAAGGAGGAGACCAAGGAUUGGAUCCUGCCCUCAGACUACGACCACGCUGAGGCCGAGGCGCGGCACCUCGUCUACGAGUCUGACCAGGACAAGGACGGGAAGCUGACGCGGGAGGAGAUCGUGGACAAGUCGGACCUGUUCGUGGGCAGCCAGGCCACGGACUUCGGGGAGGCGCUGGUGCGGCACGACGAGUUCUGAGUCAGCAGCGACACUAUUUAUGGGCUCCGUCCCUGCCGAGGCCGUUCCUGCCGCGGACAAACCCCAUCCCGGCUCCGGGGCACGGGGCUGGGGAAAGCCACACCCCCGGCACUUGGGGCUCGUUUUGUUGUGGGUUUUCCCUGGAUUUUAACGACUUUUGGGUUCUUUUUGUAUGUUUUGGUUUUGCCACGUGUGGAAGCGGCUCUCCUGGCGCGGGGGCAGYGAUGGGGCUGCCCGGGGCUGCGGGGCCUGGGGGCCUGGGGGGAGUGGGAAAUUCACAGAGGGAAUGGGAUUGGAGUUUGAAUUGGAUUGAAAUUGGAAUUAAAAGUGGAAUUGGAAUUAAACAUUGAAAUUAAAAUUGAAAUUGGAAUGGAAUUGGAACCCGAGAGGUGAAAUUUAAUUAAAUGGAAACAUUGAUGUGAAAUUGGAAUAAAAAGUGAACAUUGAAAUGAAAAUUCAAACCCCAAGAAAACCCUGAAAACUGUCGGAGCAGCAGCAGGACCCGGGAGUUUGCCGGAGGUGACUCCGGGGAGGUUGGACCCCUCUUCCUUGCUGCCACCCCCUGGAUCUGGGCAAGGCUUGCCCCCUCCCAGCCCUGCUCCAAGUGCCUUGAACCCCCCAAACCCCCAUCCCACCCUGCUCUGGGACAGUUCCCAACGUUUGCCCUCUGCUGUGUUGUUUGUCCCCUGCAGCCGCCAGAGCUGAAUGGAAUUGGGCCUGGCCAUCUCUAAAUUCGCAGGUUUUCCCUUAAAUCCUUUCCCAGAGCUUUCCAAGGGCUGACCGGGUUCUCCCACCUCCUCCUCCUCCUUUUCCUAAAUCCAGGGGGUUGGGAACCCGCCCCAUGCAGGGCUUGGGAAUCCGGGAAUGCUGGGGGUGACCUGGAAAUGUGGGGGCUGCUUUGGGACACCAGGGAUGGUUUGGGACAGCCACCCCCCCUGCAGCAGCCUCUCCUGACACCCUCCCCACUCCGGAGGCCCUGGGGUCCUGUGACCACUCUGGACACGCAUUUUUCGCCUCUCCGGGUUUAUUCCUCGAUUUUCUCCUCGGGCUGAUUGAAGGGAUCCGGAUCGGUUGGAACUCAAUAAACUGUUCACCCCCGAUGGGCCGAGGGGGACGGA